AUGUCCAACACCUCCACUGCCUGCCUGCCAUCUCUAUUGUUGGUCUCAUCUUUAAUCUCAGAGCACUGGCCUUUUUUUUUCAGUUACACCAAUUUCAGAUCACAAACCAUUGUCUACAUGACCAACCUGGCCAUAGGAAAUUCACAGCUCAUCCUCACAUUGCCCAUGAGGAUCUACUACCAUCUGAGUUUUGCUGAUCUUCCUCAGUGGUUAUUUGAUGACCUUGGUUCAGUUCUGAAGGUCUACAUGUAUUGGAGCAUCCUCCUCCUCACUUACAUUUGCUUUGACUGUUGCAUGGCUAUCAGCUUCCCUAUGUCAGUCCUGCGUGUCCAGGAAGGGAGACAGAAAACACUGGUGGUUUGUCUUGGAAUAUGGAUUUUCAGCUUUGCCAGCCUGCCUGUCUGCCUCUCCAAGCGCAGACAAGUUUCCAAUAAAAAUUGUUUUGAUAAUUUCUAUGCCACACAACCUGUGGUGGUUUUACCCACUCUGUUUGUGGGGUUUGGGAUUCUAUUAGUAAUCAUGCUGAUCUGCUCCUGGUUUUUGGUCCGUGCUAUCCGACAAAGCACUGUGGCCCAAACCAACUUAGUGGACAGUAGAAAGAUCCAGAUGACGAUUGCUACCAGCUGCCUCAUUUCCUUACUCAGCUUCCUCCCUUACCAUGCCAUCCUGACUUCAUACUGCUAUGGCCAGAUGGAGGCCUGUCUCAACAAAGUACUACAUCCUGUUGCAUAUUAUUUCAAAGCAGAAACCGUCAGGAAGAAUGUAAACAUUGGCGCUGUUUCCUUUGAAUAG